GUUAAGGAUGACGUCUGUAACUUCUCUACUGUUGGCAUUCAGUGCCAUAACAUUGGUAGCAGCGGCUGACCCCGACUGGAUGACGUUCCAGCCUAUGAGUCAGUGUUCUAACAUGGACGCCAACGGCUGUUACACCUGCAAAAUGUGCAUGACCAAAGUCACACCCAUACCUACCUGUGCCCCACCCUCGACCCCGCCUCCACAGAUCAAAAUCGUCAAAGAGCCGUGCAGCUGUAGCUCAACACAAGGCCCAACUACAUCUACAACGACCACAACUCUGCCAACAACAACAACAUCUACUACCACUAAAGCUACAACAACAACAACAACAACAACUACUCCGAAACCGACAACGACUACUACGACUACCACUCCAAAACCGACGACAACAACGACGAUGAAGGCAACAAGUGCUGCGAACCAUUCAGGCAACCAUGGGAAAUCGCAGAACGCCACUGCUCAGAACAACACCGUCUCUAACUGGUCACAGGGUCCACUAUGGGAGUACCAUUCGGCGACGACGACGACGACGGAUGGUGACAAAGAGACGGUGGUGACCACCAACAUCACCACCGCCGACGGCAAGGAGGUUAACAGAACCAUCGAGACAACCGUCACACAGCAUGGACACGUGACCGGGCACAAUGUCAAGGUUGUGGAUUCCAAUGCUACAGUGCACGGCCAUGGAGGCUCCAACAGCUCCCAUCAUUCAAGCAACAGCAGCAGUGGCAGCAACGGCAGCAACACCACUACCAGCAUCACCUCCAGCCAGACCAGCAGUAACCAGACAGCCGGCCACCACGGAACAGGCGGUCAUGGAGGCACCAGCGGAACAAACAGCUCCAGUACGAGUCACACCUCUUUUUCUUCACAAAACAGCACCUCGGGGACGCAUGGAACAGGAAGUCACUCGUCUAACACCCACGGUAGUUCCGCUACCAACAACACGGCCGGUACGUCUGGCACGAAGGGAUCUGGUGGGAACAACUCCACAUCGUCCAGCACAUCUCAAUCCUCGUCCUCCUCUUCGAAGACUUCCGGUUCAAACACUUCAGGCAGCCAGAGUAGCGGCAGCUCCCAGAGCUCCCAGGCCGCCUCAUCGAGUACGGCUGCGACGACGAAGGCUGCUCCUACAACGACUAAGGCAACCCCAACGACCACAAAGGCGACUAAGGCCACCACCCAUAGGCCACACACACACCGCCCGCCCACCACCACCAAGCCAACAACGACAUCGACGACAAAAGCGACCACGACCAAAACAACUACAAAGCCGACCCCAACGACGACAAAAGCUACUAAGGCCACCACCCAUAGGCCACACACACACCGCCCGCCCACCACCACCAAGCCAACAACGACAUCGACGACGGCGGGCACCACCAAGAAGGCCAACAGCUCCUCUCACACCUCUCAUCAGAGCUCAUCCCACCAAUCCUCUAGCUCCAGCUCUUCACAAUCCGGUAGCUCCAGUUCCCAGCAGAACGGAACUUCCGCAAACAACCACAACUCGAGCGCAUCAAACGCCAACUCACAUAUGACCCAGCCAACUCAGCCAAAGAUGACACAGCCUACGAUCCCCAAGGCCACAUCACGCAUGACACAACCGACAGCACCCAAGCUGACUGCCAAGCUGACCAAGCCGACGGCAGUGGCGGGAAUGACAAGCCCGACAACGGCGGGUAAGGCCGCGACUGCCUCGACCACUCAGGGGCCGACAACCACAUGGAAUGGUAUCUGCCCGGACUUCCCUCCUGAUUGCCCAGCGUCUAACGGCUGUGCUACAUUCGACGAGAAUUGGUGUCCCAUCUGCGUCUGCCCCCGUAAGUAG